CGGUUUUCCAAGGAGAAACUUGAAAUCAGAACGGGAUGUGUGGAACAUUUUGGGACAGGAAAUGUAUGUGCGGCUUACGCAUGUGAGCAGAAACGCGCUCACGAUCGCUCACGGUAAGAAGCGUGGUUACUUCUCCGGAUGCUGGUCCCCUCCACUGCCAGAACGCGACGCAAAGGUAGCCCCUCCGUUCGACAUUUUGCCAGGCUUUGCCAUGUUUUUGCUUGCUUGCCAUGUUUUUUGAAGCCCUUGCUGCCUACAAAGCAGGCAGAAUGGUCGAUUUCGCCGGGCGUUGAAGCUCCGACUGCGCCUUUUGAGUGCGCGCACUCGUCACGCUCCGCGCCUCGCCGCGUGGGCGCCGCCGCAACCAUGGGACGGACGUGCUCGGAGCCAGUGUGCUAGGUCUGGCCUCACAACACGUGAGGAGUAGAGUAGGCCCCUAGGGAUCCGUAGGGUCCUGGGACGUUGUGCCCCGUGAGUUGCCCAAUGGAGGUUGGUAAGAACGCAGGCUGUUUUAGAGUGCAUGUUUUCUUAGUGGUUUCAGGGUGGAACAAACAACGGCACGCAAAUGCAAGGUCCUUGCUGCAAGGUGACCUUUGAAAUUGAACACCGUCAUGAUCAAUUGUGAGCGUAUGUGUUGCAGCAGCCGUAGCAUUUUGGCACGAUGUGGUAACCAUGAUGUUUCGAAAAUGCAACCCGAUGCGUCCAGUUGGACCGACUUCUUGGACUGGUCGGUGGCAGUGCGCAGGUAGCCUGCAAGUGUGCAAAGAAGAUGGACGCGGCCGGUUUCUUCAGGCUUCCGCCAAGGUGGAGGCUGACCAACUUAUCAUGGUAGUGCCAGCGCAUGCCAUACUUGCAGAAGGGAUGGGAACGGCGACCUACCAGGCUUCUCACUGGAUGCUUGGGAUAGCCCACCGCUUGCUGGAGGAGGACUGUCUUGAAAAUUCAGCUUUUGCGCCAUAUGUACGGCUACUAAUGGAAGGUGAACCUCAUGAAUUCGACGCAAUGGCUGCCCUUCCGGGAUGUGUAGGGUCCUUGGCCAGAGAACGAAAAAAACUUCGCUGCGCACACGUGUCUGAACUGGUCCGUGCCAUGCCUGGUUGCGAUCCUGAGCGUGCAGCUCGAGCCCUGCACACGGUCGACACACGUACUGUGUAUUCUCAUCCCGCACGAGUACGAGCACUUGUUCCCCUUUUUGAUUUUGCAAACCACAGUGCGAACCCGAAUGCUCGGUGGAUCAUGGGCCCAGAUCGAGCGUUGAGGUUAUAUGCCACAAAGCCUGUUGACAUUGGAUGUGAGGUGACCAUCUCUUAUGACAACAUCUCGAAUGGGCGUUUGUUGGUGACUUACGGUUUCGUUCUGGAAGGCGAUGGCCCUCACAGGUGUGUAGACCUGAAUGUUGGACCACUGCCCGAACAGGAGACACCCCUGCUGCAGACGUGCGCAGUACAGCUGCAAGUUCUAGGGGGUGGCUGCUUGCGAAGACGUGCAGCUUUGUUGCCAGUCCUCAACAUGAUUCGUGGGCAUCAAGAGGGGGAAGUCUUGCUUGCAAUGCAUUUGCUUCAACAGGUGCAGGAUGAGCUGCUCGAGUGGGAAGCUGCAGCUGCAGGGCCUUUCCAAGAUGGCCGUUUCCAGGUCCUGUCCACGAUGACAGUCCAGGUGCUCGGGAGCUUUCGGGACAAGCUCAAGGCUUGGCUGAAGGAUCCAGAGAAGGUGCCACUGAUGAGUGCUUUGGGGCCAACUACUGAGGCCCUUGGCCUUCAUAGCGACAGCGAUUCUUCUGAGGUGACGGACUAAUUGCCGAGCGAGCUGACCCACUGCGGCCGCAGGGUUUCCGGAAGGUACUUCAUCUCCUCAAGCUGACGAGAACUUGCCACAUGUCCCAGAGUGGACACUGUCCUGCGAACACAGCAGGACACCAGCGGAUUGGGUUCGCCACCUCGGAGGGGACGAGACAAUGUCCCAACAUCGAGCGGGCAAGUGAAACGAAG